ACUUCCUGAAGCUGCUUGUAUUUAACUGAGCGGGUAUUUUUCACAUGUUGCCUUCUGUGCUUUUUAUCAGAAAAAUGGUUGAGGAAAGGAUUACUUUCUGAAGAUGAGGAAUGUAGUUGCUGUUAGUACACAAUGCCAGAUUUCUCUCUAGAUGGCCAUCUGACUGAGUGAUGCGGGUGUCUAUUCGACGGGGAUUCAUACUGCUUUUGUGUCUCUUUGGAGUGUAUGCUAGUGUGAAAGCACUGUACAACAUGCUUAUGUGCCAAAGUGGAUAUCCUCAUAAGCUAGGAGUGUCAAUACUAGUUAAGGGCAGCAAUCAGACACUGUAUCACUAUAGCCAGAACUCACCAAUGGUGUUUGUUGGUGGAGUACCUCGCUCAGGCACCACACUAAUGCGUGCCAUGCUUGAUGCCCACCCGGAUAUCCGCUGUGGAGAGGAGACCCGUAUAAUCCCCCGGAUUCUGUCUGCACGCCAUGGCUGGAGGAGGUCGGCAGAAGACCGCUUAUUCCUAAAUGAGGAGGGGACCACCCAGGAGAUGCUGGACUCAGCCACAGCUGCAUUCUUGCUCGAGGUCAUUGCUCGUCAUGGUGAACCUGCACCAAUGCUCUGCAAUAAGGAUCCGUUUACACUAAAAAGCUCCAUCUACCUCUCUAAAUUAUUUCCCAACUCAAAGUUUCUUCUUAUGGUACGUGAUGGGCGGGCCUCAGUACACUCUAUGAUUUCAAGACAAGUUACAAUUGCUGGUUUUAACCUUUCCAGCUACAGAGACUGCCUAAACAAGUGGAGCCAAGCAAUAGAGGUCAUGUUAUUUCAGUGCACACUUGUAGGUUCCACACGCUGCCUGACCAUACGCUAUGAAAAUUUGGUCCUGCAGCCACGUACCACCAUGGAGCAAGUGCUGGAGUUCCUGAAUGUACCAUGGUAUGAAGGGGUACUUCACCAUGAGAAAGCUAUUGGACAGCCUGGAGGAGUUUCAUUAUCUCGAAUUGAGCGCUCUACUGACCAGGUCAUCAAACCAGUUAACCUAGAGGCGCUCUCUCGCUGGGUAGGCCACAUUCCAGAUGAUGUGCUAAAAGAUAUGAGAAAUAUUGCUCCAAUGCUUAACAAGCUGGGCUAUGACCCCACUGCCAAUCCCCCAGACUAUGGCCAACCAGAUCCUGAAGUGAUUCUUAAUACAGAAAGGGUACUCAGGGGAGAUUUUAAGCCUCCAGCAAGUUUAAAAAGACUGUCACAAGAAAGUAUGACAUGAGAAUAUCUGCAUACUGUAUAUCUGGUCCUUUUGAAAAUUAUAAUAAAGUGUAUUUUAAAACAUAUAUCAUUACAAUAACACCUGUGCAAUUAUGCUACCAUGUUGGAAUCAUUUAUUUUUAUUAUUAUUAUUUUAUUAGUUUGUAUUUUAAACUACACAACUGUACUGUGAAUUUUUUUCAAAAAAAUUUCAAGUUUCCUUUUUUUAAAAACAGUAUUAAACCAAUAGAUUUAGUCACAAUUUAAGAAUUGAAAUUGUGCAAUAAUAACAAUGAACUGAAGGAGCAAACAGUAUUUACUGUGCUGCAGCAAACAACAUAUUGUUUAAAAUACAACAGUUAACCCAUUUUGGCUUUCCUUAGCUUUAGCUAACUUGGUGAACCUGCAGAAAAAUUUGGUUCAACUUUUAAUAGCAGAAAAGGGUCAUCAUCUGCAUCUGCUUCAGGUUUGGACAUCUCAGGGAGCUUGCCACUAGUCCAUCCUUUUGCUACUGUAUUUUGACUGGUUAGAAAUUUGUUACUAAAUCUCUCUUCCACGUGGGUGUCAUUAUUGUCACCGUUUAAUGGGAGGUGAAUUAUUAGGUUAAAUAUUACCCUCAAUUGUCAAUAAUCUGGCAGCAACCUAAGUGAUCAGGAUUAAAUCAAGACUAAGACUUAUCUGUAUUUAAAUUACUGUUAUUUGCAUUUCAUCAAGUUUUAUUUCUAAAAGUAUUCAUUUUUGGAUUAUGGUCCAAAUUGUACUGUACUGAUGUAAUAUGAAGUAAAACAGAUUUUUGCACUCAGAUACUUUUAUAGACUACGGUUGUACUUCCAUAAUUUAUUUCAAAGGCAGACAUGAAUUAAAUGCAGACAGGAUCAUCAUUUAUUAAAAGGUCUAUGACCAACAUUUAAGAAGGAAAGUAAUAUGAGGAUUCAUAUAUAAUAAUUAAUGCAUUGUAAUUCUAUAUACUCAAAUUGUAAACAUGUUUAUAUAAAUGCAGGGUAAUAUGAUAUUAAAAUAUGAUUGUACCUUA